CUCUCUACCCUCUGAGAGAGAGAGAGAGAGAGAGAGAGAGAUUAAAGCAGUAAAGAGAUGGCAAAAGAAGAAGAGUGGAGGAAAAUGGCAGACACCCACAAGAUGAGUCCGGAUGAAGUUAAAGCAGCUGGAGUUGAGGCUUCCAAAAGGCCUCCAGGCCACAAUCCUGGGGGUGUUCUUCACCAGAGACGCAAACUUCCUUACAGCACCACAACCAUGACCAUAGCUGGCUUGCUCAUUGUCGGAACCAUUGGAUAUCUCACUCUCUACGCCAACAAGAAACCUGAAGCUACCGCUAAAGAUGUUGCCAAGGUCACCACUGGCGUAGCUCAUCCUGAAGACACUAAACCCAGGAAGUAGUUUUGUCUGUAUCGCCCUUUGAAAAAUCAUCCCCUGCUUCUCUGCUUUGUUUUCUAUGCUGUUAAAAAUCAUUUAUACUGCCUUUUCUUUCUUUCAAUCCUUCUUCAAGCACGUUCACACGAAUAAUAUUCGCAUUUCAUGUCCC